AUGGACAGCGAAAUGUUCCAUAAGUGGAUGACUGAAAAACUCCUUCCAAAUUUGCCACCAAAAUCCAUGAUAGUCAUGGACAAUGCUCCAUACCACUAUGUGCAACUUGAAAAACAACCUACGGCAAAGUGGAGGAGAAAUGAGAUAGAAGUGUGGCUUGAAAAAAAUAACAUUGACUUCAAGCGUGGCUCAUUUAAAGCCGUACUAUUGGAACUCUGUAGAGCAAACAAGAAGCCAAUCAAAUAUAUCAUCGAUGAGCUUCUGGCUAAAAACACUGACCACUUAGUCAAUCGUUUACCACCAUAUCAUUGCAUUUACAACCCGAUUGAAAUGGUUCAAGGACUGGAGAAACGCCACUUUGAUAAAAACGUAGGUCUUGGUCAUGACUACUCCGAGGACAGUAUGUUGAUGCAUUGGAAAAAUGCUGUGGAUUCACAAAAAAUUCCGAACUUUGACGAAGUACCCGAUGAUGAAGACCCAGAAUCCGAAGACGAUGAUCCAGAUGACUCGAAGCUGCCUAUUGAUGCUGACUCUGUAAAAAGAGCAUUGUUUGCAAAUGGCAACACAGACAGUAAUGCAGAACCAUCAGUAAACAAUGACUCAGUUACUGAGGAAAAAAAAACAGAAGAUCCCAAUUGGUUAAAAGAACCAGAAGAAACAGUGAUUUCUAAUCAGACCGGGAUUGCACUCCGAGUCUUUGAUUUGAAAACAUUAUUGUCAUCUCACUUACUCAAUGAUAAGAUUAUUAAUUUGUAUCUGCGAUUAGUUGUCCAAAGUGAAGGAUCACACUUUUAUGCGUUUGAUACCCACUUUUACCCGCAGCUGUUAAAAUCGUACGACAACAACGCACCGUUUACAUUUACUGCUGCUGACAUGCCAAAAAUUCGAAGAACAAUGAUGGAGGAAAUUGUUUUAUUAAAGUUGCAACCAAUAACACCUCAAGAACCCCAGACUUCUGCAAUCAGUCGAUCAAUAUCGUCAUUUGCGAGAGAUCUUAAACAAGCACGUGUCCCAACAAAGACGUGUUCCAAAAAGAAGGAGCCACCAAGGAAAUCUUCGACUUCUAAGGAGCUUUCUUCAACCGUGAAACCGCUUUGUGAGAUACGGACUAGCUUAGAAGGGGUCUAUUUGCACCAAUCGGCAAAUUUGCAUCAAGGUGAUCCACGAUUUCAUGAAGAUCGCCGAAAUGCUCAAUGUACGGCCAUUGCGGCGUACAGUAUAGCUGCAUUGAUCUUAAAUAACGGAGAAAUUUCAAGGACAUUCUUAGACAAUAUUGUGAGAGAUGGAGAUAAAUAUUAUGUAGACUGCAAAAAAGAGAAUCAAGUGAAGGAGGCAUUUCUACAACCUGAAGAGCUGCUGAAGAUAUUCCAUGUUAAUUAUCAAGAAGUAACAAUUGAUAUCGAUCAAUGUGGUGAAGGACAAUUUUUUUCAUCGGGUCUUAUUACAUCUCUGACUGCUGCUAUUGAUUAUUAUGUAGAGAUUUUUAUUUAUAGAGAUUAA